CAACAUCUAUUUCACAUUAUCUAGCAUCCUCCUUCUUCCCAGAAUAAAGAAUCGAGUUCUCUCUUGGUACAAUCGUCGCAUAACCCUAGCAAUCACCAACAAUGCCAUCCGCAAUCGCCAUCAAACAAAUCCACGGCAAACCAGGCCAAGUCUACUAUCCCCUCGAAAAGAUCACAAUUCCUACUCCCCAGCCCAAGGAGAACCAGCUCGUCAUCUCCCUCACCGCCGCCGCCCUCAACCACCGCGACCUCUUCAUCCGCCAACACCUCUACCCAGGCACCGCCUUCGGCAUCCCCCUCCUCGCCGACGGCGUCGGCAUCGUCACCGCGACUGGCUCCUCCUUCAGCGCGCAACAAUGGCUCGGCAAGCGCGUCGUCAUCAACCCGGGGACAGGCUGGAAAGACUCCCCCGAAGGCCCCGAGAGUCCGACAGGGUACAAGAUCCUCGGGGGCACGAAGAUGAAUCCGUCGGGCACGCUAGCCGAAGUCAUCGUGACGGAGGCGAGCGAGGUCGAGGAGGCGCCGGCGCAUCUGAGCGAUGUGGAGGCUGCGGCGUUCCCGCUGGCGGGGCUCACGGCGUGGAGGGCGCUGUUCGUCAAGAGUGGGAAUGCGGUGGCGGGGAGGAAUGUUUUGGUCACGGGGAUUGGGGGUGGGGUCGCGCUGUUUGUGUUGCAGUUUGCCGUCGCGCAGGGGUGUAAUGUUUAUGUGACGAGUGGGAGUGAGGAGAAGUUGCGGAGGGCGGUCGAGUUGGGGGCGAAGGGAGGCGUGAAUUAUAGGGAGCAGGGGUGGGAGAAGAAGUUACAGGCGCUGUUGCCGAAGGAGAGGCCGUAUUUGGAUGCGAUUGUGGAUGGAGCUGGUGGGGAUGUUGUGUCUAAGGGUGUGAAGUUGUUGAAGGCUGGCGGCGUCAUCUCCAUCUACGGCAUGACCAUCAGCCCCAAGAUGGACUUCCUCAUGAGCGCCGUCCUGCGCAACAUCGAAGUCCGCGGCUCGACUAUGGGCUCGCGGAAAGAGUUCGCCGACAUGACCAACUUCAUCAGGGAGAAGAAGAUUAAGCCUAUUGUCUCGCGCGUCGUGCACGGCUUGGAAGUGGACGUCGUAGAUCCUCUGUUUGACGAUAUGAAGAACGCGAGCCAGUUCGGCAAGCUGGUCGUUACGAUCGGUAAGAGUGAUGCAUCGAGCAAGCUGUGAAUAUCCGUGUAUAUUAUAAAUAGAAUGAAGAAGAUCUCCUCUCAGAGGAUAAAUGAAUAGAGGACAUCGUAUAACCACAC